AUGACCACCCUCAAGUCCCGCUCGGCCGCCACGCACCUCCCGAACCAACCGGGGGACAAGCCCGCGUCCACGCGUUCCGUCUCAGACCCAACGCCGCCCACCACCGCCAUGGCGCCACCGGAGCCCUCCUCCGCCGACGCCCCGAACUGGUGGCGCGAUCGCCACUCGGUCCUCCUGCUCAUCUCGCUGUACACGGCCCAGGGGCUGCCCAUGGGCCUGGCCUUCGGCUCCAUCCCGUUCCUGCUCAAGGAGCGCGGCUCCUCCUACGCCCACCUGGCCGCCUUCUCCUUCGCCUCGCUCCCGUACUCGCUCAAGCUGCUCAUCGCCCCCAUCGUCGACUCGUGCUACAGCCCCUCCUUCGGCCGCCGCAAGUCCUGGAUCGUCCCGGUCCAGCUCGUCGCCGGCCUCACUAUGACCCUUCUGGCGGACACCAUCCGCCGUGCCGUCGCCGAGGGUAACGUCGCCCUGCUCACUCCCGUCUUCCUCACCCUGCUGGCCAUGUGCGCCACCCAGGACAUCGCCGUCGAUGGCUGGAGCCUCACCAUGUUGCAAAAGCAAAACGUCUCGUACGCUAGCACAUGCCAGUCGCUCGGCCUCACCAUUGGCUACUUUUCUACCUUCACUCUCUUCCUCGCCUUUAGCAACGCCCCCUUUUGCGACAACUACAUCCGCCCGCUCAUCUUUUUCUCCAACCAAACCGGCCCGGUCGCCGACCUCGCCUCCGUCCUCAGGACCGCAGGCCUUUAUUAUUUGCUUCUAACUCUAUACAUCGCCCUUUUUAAGAAGGAGCUCCCGCCGACCCACUCGGCCAAGAAGACUGAUGCCGAGCUCGAAGAUCCCCAUUUUGACCAGGAGCAUUUUGACCAUCCCCGGAAGACACGCUCUGCUGUGCUAGACUCCAUCACUUCCACUUACUCUGAUCUGCUCAUCGUCGUCCGCAAGCCGGCUGUCCGUUCACUCGUUUCGAUGCUCUUGAUUUCCAAGCUUGGCUUCUCGGCCUAUGAUAAUGGUACGUUUUCGUGUUGCACUUUUGUCUUUCGCUAUAUCACCACGUCCUGCUUGCAACGAGGAGUAGUCAUCUAA